AUGGUUGCGAGGCAGCUGCCGCGGCGUCUCCUUCCCGUACUCAGUUCCCCAACUCCCAUAAAUAACUUCCCUCCGACCUUCUCUUCUUUUUCUUCUCCUUUCUGCUCGCUCUCUCCGCCACGGCAAGCCGAAGACCAGGAACGCCAUGAACUAGUUGGAAAGCUGCUGGGCCUCCUUCAGGAAGGCGGCGAGACGGCGGCUUACCAAUUCACCAAAUCACUCGUUCUUUCAAAGUCUCCGUUUUCGUCACCCUCCGAUCUGCUCUCUUUCAUCUCCGUCGCUUCUCCAUCGUUGAGACCAACUCUCUCCCACAUGCUGCUCGCCAUAAGCUGCGAGUCCAAAAUGGAAGGUCUAGGUUACAGGGAAAGGAGGGAUCUUUCUCCAUUUUUAACUGCUAGGGAGUGUAUGGGGACGCUGGUGGAGAUGAAGCAGUUUGAAAAGGUGCUGGCUUUGGUUGCCGAGACAAUGGAGUUGGGUUUCAGGCUUGAUACGUUCAUGUACGGGAAAGCUGUGCAAGCCGCUGUGAAGUCGGGGGAUCUGAAGAAGGGUACGGAGCUUUUUGAGUCGAUGAAGAGUUGUGGAGUGCGUCCUAAUGUGUUUCUUUUCAAUGUCCUAAUCGGUGGGCUGUGCAAGGAGAGGAGAAUCCGGGAUGCAGAGAAGGUGUUCGACGAAAUGUGCAAGUGGAACUUGGCUGCUAAUAAAGUGACGUAUAAUACAUUGAUCGAUGGGUAUUGUAAAGUAGGGGAAGUAGAUGCAGCAUUUGGUUUGAGAGAUAGGAUGAGGAAAGAGAGCGUUGAGCCGAGCGUUGUAACUUUCAACACGCUGCUAAGUGCCUUGUGUAAGGCUAAGAGAAUGGGAGAAGCCCAAAUACUGUUGCAGGAGAUGAAGGAAUAUGGGUUUCAGCAGGAUGGCUUUACUGUAUCCAUACUUUUGGAUGGUAUGUCGAAGAGUGGCGAUGGAGCAGGCGCAUUGGAAUUGUACGAGACAGCCAUUUCUGACGGAGUUCGGAUCAAUAACUACACCAGUAGUAUUCUUUUGAACGGGCUGUGCAAAGAAGGUAGAGUUGAGAAGGCUGAAGAGGUUUUGUCGAAACUGGAGAGUCGUCUAGCUCCUGAUGAAGCGGUUUACAACAAUAUUGUGAACGGGUACUGUCUGGUUGGCGACAUGGAUAGAGCGAUUUUGACCUUGGAGCGCAUGGAAAGAAUUGGGUUGAGGCCAAAUAGUAUCACUUUCAAUUGCUUGAUUCACAAGUUUUGCGAAAUGCAGAAGAUGAACGAGGCGGAGAAGUGGAUAGAGAACAUGGUAAAGAAGGGAGUUGCCCCAACUGUGGAGACUUAUAACACUCUGAUUGAUGGCUAUGGACAAGCUUGUGUAUUUGACCGGUGUUUUGAACUUCUAGAUGAAAUGGAAACCAAAGGGUUAAAGCCCAAUGUCGUAAGUUAUGGUUCAUUGAUAAACCGUUUUUGCAAGCAGGGAAAGAUCCUUGAAGCAGAAAUAGUGCUUAGAGAUAUGUUGGGAAAGGGGGUUCUUGCCAAUACACAGAUAUACAAUAUGCUCAUUGAUGGCAGCUGUUUGGCUGGGAAGUUGAAUGAUGCUUUGAGAUUCUUUGAUGAGAUGUCGAGGAGUGAAAUCCCGUUUACACUUGUGACCUUCAAUUCAUUGAUUAACGGUCUUUGUAAAAAGGGGAAGUUAACUGAAGCUGAAGACUUGCUUCAAGAAAUUACCAACCAUGGUAUUAGCCCAGAUGCCAUAACCUACAACUGCUUCAUCUCUGGGUAUGCAAAUGCUGGAAAGAGGCAGAAAUGUCUCGAGGUCUACGAAACUAUGAAGAAGUCAGGAAUCAGACCUACUGUAAGUACGUACCAUCCCUUGAUCAAUGUCUGUAGCAAGGAAGGGGUGGAGAUUGUGGAGAAACUGUUCAAUGAAAUGUCACAAAUGAACUUGGUUCCUGACAGAGUUGUGUAUAAUGCCAUUAUCUUUUCCCUUGUGGAGGCUGGACUUGUUGAAAGAGCCUUCAGGUUACAUGAUGAGAUGAAAGCUAGGGGCAUUCUACCAGACAAGAUGACCUACAAUAGUCUGAUUCUGGGAUGCCUUAGAGAAGGGAAGUUGGCGGAAGUGAACAAUCUCGUUGUCGACAUGAAGGCCAGAGGGAUAGCCCUAAAAGCUGAUACUUACAGUAUUCUGAUUAAAGGCUACUGUGAACUAAAGGAUUUUGGUGGAGCAUACUCUUGGUACAGAGAAAUGUACGACAAUGAUCUCUUGCCAAACGUCGGUAUGCGCAAUGAACUAGCCUCUGGCCUUCGAGAGCAAGGGAAAGAGGAAGAAGCCCAGAUUUUGUGCUCGGAAUUGAGCAUUAAAGGUGUAGAUGAUCCGAACCCUAGUGAGGACCUUCCCUAUCAACAUGUGAUCUGUUAA